AUGUCAGCAAGUGAAGUGAAACACGACUACUCCUUUGAUGGUGGGUGUGAAAACAUAUUGAGAUCGUGUGAAAGAAAACAAGUGAAAAAGUACAAGGAAGAAGAAGAAACAGUUUCUGGACUGUCUUCUAUAAAGAAUGAUGCUGUUGCAAAAGUACUUGGUCCAGAUCCACGAGGAGGAGUAAGAGGGUAUGGGUUCGGUGCACUACCUUCAAAAGUCGAUGCUCAAUCACAUGUAAGUAAUAAAGUCACAAUGUUAGAGAAUGCUCUUGCUGCUCAAACACAAGUGGUAGACAAAUUGCAAGAGAUGGUGAGAGGCCUUUGUGCUCGGCUAGACCAAGGAGGAAAUAACAAUGAACACACUAUUGCACAACAAUCUGCUACUGAGAUUGGAAAUAGAAAACGUAAAGAAAAUCCAAGUGUUACAAAUACUGGUAGUGAUAUAGCACAGAGCAAACAGAAAGAUGCAAGUGUUAGAAGUUCUUAUAAUGAGACAGAAAAUGGUAGCCCAAUGCAGCAAAGUUUUAAUGGAAAGAAACAACUUUCUGGAUUAGUUAACCCAAAAAUAGUCCACAAGACAGAUUUGGGGAAACAAGUGCAGUUGUUAAGUUGGUUUGCUAAAGAAGAAGUAGUUGCAAGUGCUAGCAUUAUAUCAAAAGAUCCACAAGUUGAGGUGCAUCAUGUUCCUCUUGGCUAGGGCUGGGCAUAGAAAACCGAGUUACCGAACCCGGUCCGAUCCCGAACCGAAAAAUGCCGGGACGGUACGGGCCUCAUUUUUGAAUUUCUUGGUUUGGUACCGUC